UAAAGAUUUAUUUAUUUUUUUUUUAAAAAAAAGAACAAGAGAGAGAGAGAGAGAGAGAGCGAGAAAGAGGGAAGCGAAACAAAACCCCAAUUUAAACCACUCCGUCGUCCCUCUCAUGCCUCCUCAAAACCUGUCCCCCACCCAUCGUAUAUUUUUCCUCGCUGUUUCACAUUUGCGGGGUUAUUUAAUUAUAGGGAGGGAAAGACACUUCGGGAAUCGGGUCACACAGAUGGGCUCGGAAGCCGGCGACGCAUUCGGCGAGUGGGGCCCGGCGGCGGAGGAGGAGCUCCGCGCCAUCGAAGCCGCCUGCGGAGCCACUCCGACCUCCUCCCCUCCCAACUCCCGCCGCCGCCGCCGCCGCCUCCCCUCCGCCUGGUCUCCUCAGCUCUCUCCUCACCCCUGCACCCUCGAGACUAGGUUACCGGCAAUGAAGUUUGGGGGACAAAUCGUGUACUGCAGGACUGCUAGUGAAGUAGAGGGCGCUACUGCCGAGCUUUUAGAUCAAAUCGGUGCUUCCAAGAAUACCGGCCACGUCUCCCUUGGUUUUGAUAUUGAGUGGAGGCCUGUGUUCAGACGAGGAGAAUCACCAAGGAAAGCUGCAGUAAUGCAGAUAUGCAUGGACAAUACUCGCUGUUAUGUCAUGCACAUAUUUCAUUCUGGAAUCCCCCCUAUAUUGAAGUCUCUUUUGGAGGACAAUUCAUCUGUCAAAGUUGGAAUAGCUAUUGCUAAUGAUGCUCGGAAAAUUUCAAACGAUUAUAAUGUUUGCGUUCGACCGGUAGAGGACUUGUCAGGUCUCGCAAAUCUCAAGCUCGGGGGACCCCCGAGGAAAUGGAGCCUAUGUUCCUUAACCGAAAUGGUUACAUGCAAAAAGUUGGAGAAGCCCAGCAAAAUAAGAAUGGGAAACUGGGAAGCCGAUAUACUCUCGAGAGAGAAACUCGAAUAUGCCGCCACAGAUGCCUUUGCCUCUUGGUACCUGUAUGAGGUGCUGAAAGGUUUUCCGGAUGCAAAUGCUGAAACUGAUGAAGCGGCGAAAGCAAAUGGCAUAUCAUAAAACCCAUAUUCAGUGUAUGUGGCAUUCUGAUCAGAACAGCGUGUCGCAAAUGGUUUAGUGAUCAUUAUGCUGCUUCUUCUUAUAUAAUAAUGCUGUGAAUUGAUGGCCAAAUAUUUUUCAUCAGCAGUACAAUGUCUUCAUCUGGUGCCGUAGAAGGUGAAGAUCUUCCAUAUUUAAAGAAAAGAGUAAAGGUAUUGCUGAAUUAACAUUGCUGAGUGUUUGUACUCUAAAAUUCGGCCUAUUUGCACCAUGUAUGCAGCGAAAAUGAGUGUGGCAUGUAAGAAAGCAGUAAAUUAUUUACCGUCUAAUAAACAUGGCAAACGGUUCCCCGCUUUUAAAUUGGAAUUGUUGUUAAUUUUAUGAAGACGGUGAUUGGAUGACCA